CCUUCAAUAAGCCGUAAUAACAACAAAAGUGAAUCAAGUAUGAAAGCAAAGGAUAUUCCAUGAGCAACUGAAGAGAUAGGGUUCAGAAAUUAUAGCUUUUCCCUUAUCAAGCAAAAUUAUCGCAAGCAAGAAUGUUCUCAAAAUGGAAUCUGUAACAGAUCAGGCGAAUCUCGGAUAAAAAACUCUAAUCUUGGAAAGAUUCUCAGAAGAAUUUUGUCUAGAAGAGAGCUUCAUCCAUACUCAAUAUCUCUGAAUUGACAAGAGCAGAAGGCUUCAGAAUUAAAGAAGCCCUUGAAAUCAUGUCUGAAGAAGAAUAAAUGAGUUGCAUCAAUCUCAAAGCCCAGGCCAGCUCCUCUUGUUUGAAAAAGACAGCUGAAGAUUUACCCGAACAAUCACCGGAGAAUGAUUGGUGAAUGCUCAAAAAUUCAACCAUUAGAGACUCAUAAAAUAUCCCGGAGGAAAUACAGAGAGCUAGUUAUAAAGGAGAAGUCAUUGAGUAGCAAUCCUCAAGAAAACUUUAUUAAUGGCGAUCAGCAUGUAUCUCAAAAAUUUGGGUACUUCAUUAGUACCAUUAAUAAUAAUCAAUAAUAUGUCAUCAAUAUCACAAUCA